GUGGCAGCUCGCUAGAAUACUGGAGGGAGCCGGGUCGAGUGAGCUAUUGGGGUUCCCAAAUAUCGGGGACAAACAGGCAGACAGAAAGACACACAGGCGGAUGGACGGAAAGAUAGGCAAGUGCUCCGACAAGAACCAGAAACGUAACGGAUAUUCAGCUUUCUUUUUAUGUUGUUUCCGUUCUUUAUUUAUUUGUUUGGCUUUAUUUAUUUCUUUAUCGAUUGAUUGCGUUUUAAUUACUGCCUUGUGACAGGGAGUGAGGGAGGAGGAGCGUAGGCCAAGCGGGCACAUUGUGUAGCCUUUCCAAAUGUUUAUUUAUUUCAGUUGAUUAUCUUAAUGCGGCUAUUUUACAUGCAUUUUAAACACGAUUCGCUGCUUUCUAGCCUGCGUAUUGGUGAAUUGGUGUGUAUAUAGCCUACAUGUGAGGGACAGUGAGAGAGUGCGAUCAGCUAUACACCAAAUAAAGUAGAUUAACCAAAAAUAACAAAUCCAAAUAUAUCACAAUAAUUGUUGGCCUUUACGCACUUCAGCGUCUGUUAUUCUUGUAAUAUUAUUAAUUUUAUUUAACAGCGCAAACCAAAGCUAACCACGGCGAGUGACGCUAAGAAACUAGCGACUGUUACGGUGUUUGUUCUCACGCCUGUCGAUAGGAAAACAGUUGGCUAACAUUGAGACUAUGCUAAUAUAAACGCAUACAGGAGAAAUAGAACGAUUAGGCUAUUGUAUGCUACACACUUACAGUUUGCCACGGCAUACGAGAGAGACAGGAGCAAAAUCAGGCUUAUAAUACAAGCAUUAUUACUAUAUUAGUCCUGAUAGUGUUCUUCUGAUAUAGUAGUGGGAGUUCAGUUGUGGUUCUAUCCGUCUGUGUGUUGGGUCUGGGCUGUUUCGUUAGCCUGAUUGCUGCACACUCAAGGAGCACCAUAUAUUCUAUACACAUUUACACCCAAAAUCCUGCCGAAGAGAAACAGACAUCCAAAAAUGUAAAUAGAGCUAUCCAGCAUAGCCUACAUGUGUACGCGCCAUCAACUGAGAACUGCCCCUGACCUCAACGCCUGGCGUCUCAAGUCCCCGUUGGCUCUACGUUCCGAUUCCGAAAUCAGGAUGUCAAAGCCAGUAGAGGUUGAGAACACAGGGGCUGACUCUCCAAUGGAGAGCACAGAUUCAGAGCGGAAUGGUCCUGAUAAAAACCAUCAGCUUCAGCAGAUGAAAAUCAGUCCCUUUCACCUUUCUCCAACCCUCAGCAGCAACAAGAAUAAGAUGGAAGAGUGUGGUGAGAUGUCCCUGGGCCCUGCUCCCCAGCACAGCCACGCCCCCUCACAGACGCCCCUCCCACACACACAGCUCAUGCUGACCAGCUCCCAACUGGCAGGGUUGACUGCUCUCUUGCCAGCUCAGCAGCAGUUGUUACUGCAGCAGGCUCAGGCUCAGCUUCUAGCUGCAGCUGUGCAGCAGUCUGUUCAGCAGUCCAACGCAGCUCACGCAGCUCAUGCAGCCCACGCAGCCGCCCAAGCCAAUCAGCAAGCUCAGGCAGCCGCAGCAGCCAAUCAACAUGCCCAGCAGCAGCAGGCGGGACAGACAGGGCAGCAGGGCCAAUCACUGCCCCAGGGACAGUGCACACAGGAACAGACAGGUCAACCAGUCCCUGUCCCGCCCACUCAUCCUCAGCUCACCCUCUCUCAGCCAAUUCAGCUCACCGCCCAGGACAUCCAGCAGUUGUUGCAGCUGCAGCAGUUGGUUCUGGUGCCAGGACACCACCUGCAGUCUCCUCAGUUCCUCCUCCAACAGCACCAAGGGCAGCAAGGACUACUAUCGACACCAAAUCUGAUUCAGCUACCUCAGCAAAACCAAGGGAGCCUCCUGUCCACUCCCAGGCUGGGGCUCCAAGCACAGAGAGACAAGGCUAUGGAGGGCAGUGGGGUCAUGACCUCUGUGUCCUCUGUGACCUCUCACCCCGAGGAGCCCAGUGACCUUGAGGAACUGGAGGUGUUCGCCCGCACCUUCAAACAGAGACGCAUCAAACUGGGCUUUACACAGGGUGACGUGGGAAUGGCCAUGGGGAAGCUAUAUGGUAAUGAUUUCAGCCAGACCACCAUCUCUCGCUUCGAGGCCCUUAACCUGAGCUUUAAGAACAUGUGCAAACUCAAACCACUACUGGAGAAGUGGCUCAAUGAUGCAGAGACCAUGUCCACAGACAGUACUAUGCCCAGCCCCAGCUCUCUGUCCUCUUCCUCAAUGGGCUUCGAGGGCCUGCCGGGCCGACGCAGGAAGAAAAGAACCAGCAUCGAGACUAACGUCCGCGUGGCCCUGGAGAGAGCCUUCAUCACGCAGAACCAGAAGCCUACCUCAGAGGAGAUCCUGUGUAUCGCGGACCAGCUCAGCAUGGAGAAGGAGGUGAUCCGCGUGUGGUUCUGCAACCGCCGACAGAAAGAGAAGCGUAUCAACCCCAACAGUGCCACCCCUCCCUUGCCCAGUCAGCCCCCCCAAGCCCCACCGACACACAAACCCCCCUGCUACAGCCCACACAUGAUGUCCAGUCAGCUGUCCAGUCAGCUGUCCAGUCAGAUGUCCAGUCAGCUGUCCAGUCAGCUGUCCAGUCAGCUGUCCAGUCAGCUGUCCCAGGCAGUGACCAGCCUCAGUACCACAUUGACCACCAUGUCAUCGUUCUCCCCUCUGACCCCCAGUGGUCCCACCCACUCAUCUCUCAGCUCCGCCUCCUCUCCAGUGACUCCUCCUCGAAGCACUGCUAGCCCAGCCCCUCCCAGCCACAGCACACUGAGUCUCAACACAGGUUUAUGGCGUUUGGGUAAAAAGAAUGGUGACGUGUCUAACUACAUCACCGAUUUUGCUGCAAACUUGAGGAACACUGUGAUGGGAGUAAACACAGGGAACCAGGCUCUGAACCAAGCUCUCCUCAGCAACAACCCUCUGGCUACUAUACAAGCCCUAGCAGCCAGUGGUGGCCAGCUGCCCCUUUCCAGUCUUGAGGGAGGCAGUAAGGUGUUGCUGGGUGGUGCAGGGGGGCAGGGAGGGGGUCUCCCGUCCUCCUUCUUCCUCAACCACCCCGCUUUCCUCCACAUGGGCCAGAGUUCUGGUGCUGGAUUGAUCAGCGCUGCCGUAGCCAAAGCAUCCCAGCCCUCCCCUUUCCCCUCCACCAGUAGCAUAAGCCCCACCCCCUGCACCCCCUCCCCCUGCUCUAGCCCCGCCUCUUCCUGCGACUUCAAUGAAUUGGCACACAGCCCAUCCUCGUUGGGAGGGGCUAAGAUUGAGUGACACAGCCAAGCGCCAAUCAGAGAGGAGAAGGAGAAAGGAGGAAACGACAACCUCGCCUUUCAACCAAAGCUAUCUCUUUUAUCACUCUUGCCCUACACUCUCUCUCUCCCCCAGUCUUUCAAUGCCAAAAAUACACAGAAUGAAAGAGAGGAGAGGGGGAGUCAGAAGUGAAAAGGGGGAAAGAGGAAGAUUUAAACCAAAAAUCUUUAUCUAUCCAAAGUGAUGGAGGAGGCAUCGUGGAACUGUUUAGUGAAUACUGAGCGAUAUCGCACCUCUCCUUUCUGUCUCUCUUUCCCGGGAAAAUAAACCAAUAACAAAUAACAGGAUUAGAGAUGUGCGUCGAAUCGUGUGAACCAAAAAUGAAAAAAUAAACAUUACUGUGUAUUUGGGGGAAUGGUGACAGGGACAGAAAAAAGAAGUGGAUGAUUUUCUUUGAAAAGCUGCAGGUCUGAAAGAGGAGGAGAUGGGAGGAGGAUUUUAAACCAAAAAUGUACCUGAGGAGGAGAAGAGGAAUGCAGGAUGACAAAAAUCAACAACCAUACCAAAAUCCCAGAAACCAAAAACACGGAAGGAAAAGCUUUAUCCAAACGACUUGUACAUACGGAUCCUAUCCAGGACCAGGACUUUGCCACACACACACACACACACACACGAUAUCCACAGCCAAUCACAUUCAUCCAUCUAAUCAGUCAUCCACCCUUCAUGUCUGUCAUAGUCUGUCACUCACUUUCACAGCAAUUUGGUUGUUUCUGUGGGAUAUUUUAGAUUGUUGUAAAUGGUUGAUACUGAAUGAGCCAAGCUUACAGGUGUGUCUCUGUUUGUGUUUUCCUACCUCUGCUUCUUUGGGUAUCCUAUCUCCCCCUUGAUUUCCAAUAGUUUACUGAUAGCGUUGGAGUCUGUCAUCAUCAUCCUGUGCCAUUUACGUCAUGUUGUCAGAGAUAAUAAGAGACAAGAGUGAACAAGAGAUCAGGCUGAGUGUAGCAGUUUCCAGCCUUGAUAAAAACCUCUCUCUCCGUAAUUACUCACAACAAAAUGACUCACUUGAUGAAAUAAUAUUAGACUUAGACUCAAUGUAGUCCUUGUGUAUGGACAAUCCACCAUGAUGACAGUAUGAAAUUCAGCAUGAUGGGAGAUUUAAACUAGUAACAUUGAGGCAAGAAAGAGGUAAAUUAAUAAAAAUGUUAGUUUAGUCAAGGACAGGUCUGUCUUACGUUGUCAAUCAGUCAUCUGUCUCGACGCGCAAUAGAGAAAACAGAGAUCAAAACCUGUUUAAUGUUUAAUAUACGUUGUUUUUAUUGUUCAUCAUCCCUCCAACCAUCCCAUUUUCACUGUCAUUUUCCACCCAAAUAUGCCAUUAUUACACGUUUAAACCAAAGCAUUUGAGGAGUCAGCCAUGACAUUAACACUCACAUACUGUAGGGGUUGGGGACACACCCUACCCCUCCCGCUGAACCCCCCUAGUUGACCCCUUCCAUCUCCUUAUGCCCGAGGGGGUCACUUCAAAAGGACAGAACCCUCACCCAACAUAAAAGGGUGCAUACGGGGAGGGGAUCGGAUGGUGCGAUGGGAUCAAACAUACAGAAAGAGGGGAUGUUUUUAAGAGGAUACCAAAAAUACUAACCAAAAAUGUCAGAAACAAACCAAAAAGAAACAGCCAAAUAUGGAUGGGGGGGAUGAGGGGAGGAGGACAAGUGUAGGUUUUUACAGACUGGAGCUGACACCUCUGUCUGUUAUCCAACUAACUGGGCUUCAGUGGCCCUCUCUAAACUGUGUAGCACAGAUGGACAGAUGUAUAGAUAGACAUCCUCCCUCUCCCCUGUCUUUUUCACUCCAAACUCAGCUCUUCUUCUCUGGUCCUGGAUGGAGAAAUCUCUAAUGACCUCAUUGAACUGAAUCUUCAAAGUCAGUUUUUAUUUUUCCUGUUUGUUAGUUUAUUUUGUAUUUGAUUUGUUUGCUGUGUCUCUUGAUGUGCUGUUCUUUACUCAUUUGGGAUAAUAACGUAUUCGCUUGCUACAACAGCUCCUUAUUUUUCCUCGUUGUUCUAGAGAUUUUAUCAGGUGGUUGGAAAAAUACUGUGAAAAUGUAGCUUCCAGAUUUUUAUUAGAUACAAAAAAAACUGACUGUCUUGGCAGAAAAAAGACACAGAAAAAGUCCAAAACAAGAGUUGAAAUGCAAAACGUGCAAACCAAACACCAAAUACCAAACACCAAACACCAAACCAAACACCAAACACCAAACCAAACACCAAAUACCAAACCAAACACCAAACACCAAACCAAACACCAAAUACCAAACCAAACACCAAAUACCAAACCAAACACCAAAUACCAAAUACCAAACACCAAACCAAACACCAAAUACCAAACCAAACACCAAAUACCAAACACCAAAUACCAAACCAAACACCAAACCAAACACCAAAUACCAAACCAAACACCAAACCAAACACCAAAUACCAAACCAAACACCAAACCAAACACCA